AUGGCAAAUGCAUCUGGUGAUAGAUGGUUUAGCCAUUAUUUCAAGCGUUAUUUUAUCAGCCAAUCACAAGCAUCAUUCAAUAGUGCUAGAAGUUAUUGUGAAAACACUUAUAAAGGUAGUUUAGUGGAGAUCAGCGAUACUGAUGAGGAUACUGUUCUUCUUGGUAUAAUACAAGCAUUACCUGAGAGUAUGAAUAGUUUGCAUCGUGCACAUUACUGGAUCGGGCUGAUGGAUUUAAAUGGAACAUUUACUCAUGCUAAAUGGAUAAAUAGUAAUAAUACCGUUGGAAAUUGGAACUCGUGGCAUGAGAAUAUAGUUGUUACUUCAUCAAAGUUAUGUGCUGGCGUAUCUUUAGAAAAUUCUAGUACUCAGCUGCGCUGGAUCAACUUAAAUUGCGCUGAUAACUUUUCCUUUAUAUGCCAGCUAGGGGAUGAAUUAUGCAAGGCUCCAUCAGUACUAUUUGACUCUACUUGCAUAACUUCAUUUUAUGAGACCUUAAUUUUUAGGCUAUCCGAAAAGUAUUGUAAAGAUCUUGGCAAGCAGCUUGUCCAGAUUGAAUCAUAUAAUAAAUUACAAGCUUUAAAAUCGCUUAUGAUACGACGAUCUGAAUUAUGGAUUGGCUUAAAAGCGAACAACUCAAAGCCGACAGAAUUUCAACAGUUUAAGUGGUUGAUGCCAGACUUUUCUAUUUAUCCAUCGUUCACCAAUUGGGGGCAGUUUAGUCAGCCAAAAGCGACUGAUCCACAGUCAGGAAAUUGCAUUACGAUCGACAGCGCAACUUUAUUGUGGAAUAACAGAAGGUGUAAUUCAUUUUAUCCUUUUAUUUGCGAACAAAAUCUAAGCUGUCCAGUAAACUGGUUGCAAAUUGGAGGCAAUUGUUACUAUUCCCCUGCAACUAACUUUAGUUCUUGGUCUAAUGCAUUCGCAUAUUGCAUCAGUAUGAACGCAACCUUAGCGAUUAUACGUGAUAAGUCUGAAUUUAAUUUCGUUGAGAGUAUAGUCCUAUCUACAGGAAAAUCUUUAUGGGUUGCCCUAAAAUCAAACAGUAGCGGUCUAAAGUGGUUUGGCAAAGAUGAAUAUCAAACAUAUCCACACCUCAGAGCAGUUGAUAUUUGUAUGGUAGCCGGAGUGAUUCAUUCUACCAUUCAUUGGCGGCUACAAAAAUGUCUAAAUAAUCGACAUUUUUAUCCGCUUUGUAUGCAAGAUGCCAGAGCUCAAGCCUCUACUGAUAUUUUGGUAUGA